AUGUCUCGAUCUAAACGAGAUGUUUAUGAAGAUCCGAACGAUAUUGUUCGAAUGGCUCGUUUAUCAGUCAAAGAAGCCAAUAUGAGAGCAAUCCGAAUGCAGGGUAUGACUACUCAGCAGCUUGUUCAGCGGAUAAAAGAUCUAAAGUACUGGAGCAAUGAAAUUGACAGAGAGUUACAAGAUCUCAAAGAAGAAAAUGAGGAUCUGGUGAGAAGUUAUCGCCGCUUACAACUAUGCGUUGAAAUAUCUGCGAAAGCUGCAAAGUGUAAUGAUGUUUCUGUUGCUACAAGAAGGAAAAAAGUUCAGGUUGGCGAUCAGUCUAAUGAUAGGAUUGAUUUGGAACUACAAAAAGAGAAAGAUUUGAUAGAUGAAUCUUUGCGAACUCUGAAGGAUGUUGGUCAUAACGUUGAAAGACAGAUCGAACAUAACCAAGAUGCUCGUAGGAAUUUAUUGAGAGAUUUAACUUUAAAACAGGAAGCGAUAGUUCUCGACAACAAAUCUGCAUCUAUGGGCCACGAUGGACGAAGCGCCGUAGAUAGAACACCAGAUGGCGAUCGCUUAGAUUAUAGAGAUGGAUUGCCAUUGCAAAGAAUGAGCGAGUAUAACGAAUGGAUUGAAAACACCGGGCAGAACCUGAAUUUUUCCGCUCGAGCACGUGUUUCUUCCAGGAAAUUAGCUCAGAAAUUGGCUAACAUUUCAAGAGAGGUAGCCCAACAGCUCCGUUCUGAGGCUAUUGCCAUAGAAGCUUUACUAAAGGAUUCUGUGCGGAACUGGCAAGAGUGGAGAAACAGUCUGCAUGCACAGGUUGUUGGAAAAGACAAAGAUAUAAAAGCUGCGGAUGGUGCUAUUGAAGAAAUAAGCAUAAGUUUACGGCAAAAGAGUGGUCCUCUGCAGGUGGCUCUAUCGCGACAAUCUCAGAGAUGUUUAAGACCCGGCAUUGAACUCUGCAAUGAUAAAGCGCAAUAUGCUCUCCAGCAGGAGCUUAACAUGCUGAAAACUACGUUUUUAUCCUUGGAGAAUCAACUAGAUCGCGCUAAGGAGAGCCGUAAGAAGUUAGAAGCUGAUCGUCACCGUUUACAGAGGAAACUAGAAAUAUGCGAACAGAAUCUUUCUAUAGACAACGAAAUUCUUAGGGCCAUCCGAUCUACUUUUCCACAUGAAAUUCAAUUGAGUGGCUUUGUUCUAAGUGAAACGAAAGAACAUCGUUGA